GGAUAAUAAAUAUAGUAAUGAAUAGAAAGAAAGCUAAGCCAAUUAAACAGAAUAGGAAGAAGACUGAAGAGAAGAAAGUAUCAAAGAAAAUUGAGCAAAACGAAAAGAAAGGCAAAUAGCAGCAGUUCUUCAAGCAACAAUAGUUCUAGCGAUGGCAGUGAUGGAAAUAGAAGUAAAAGUAGCAAAAGCCAUAAAAGUGAGAACAGUAUUAAGGAUAAGAGCCUUAAAAGCAAUAAGUCUAAGAGCGAUGAACCUAAAAGCCCUAAAUCUCAGGAACAAGUAGUCAAAGAGAGUCCACCGGAGCCAUUAGAAGAUGUAGAAUUCACUAUCCCUAUAAACUGUCCUGAUUAUGUAAAAGACAUCAUAGAGGGCUUUAAGGAGAACAAAGAUGAACUAUAUCAGACUUACAACAGUGGAAUCCUGACAAAAGAUAUCCAUGUGUUUGAGAAACAAGUUGAGACAAUCUUAGGAGCGGAGAUAUGCAUUCUCCGGGACUAUAUCCUCCAGAAGCACAGACCUAAUAUGGACAUGUACAAAAUAAAAUUUAAUGAGUUUCAAAAAUUGAUACAAGAAUGGGCUAAUUCAGAAAGUCUGGCUAAGGACCUUAACGAUGAGCUCCUUGACCUAGCUCCCUCCCAGUUAGAGCAUCCUAAUUCAGAAGAUGAAGCAAUAGCCGAAGAGCAAGAAGAAGAGACUAAAGAAAACUUUAAGAAACUAAUCGAGCUCAAAAUUGAGAAACAUCAUGAGAAAAUUAAGGAAAUUUUUGAAAAUUAUAUGGAUACACCUCCUCAAAAAGAGAAAAUCGAAGAGAAGAAGGACAGCCAGUGAGACUCAGAUAAAAAAUCUGAUAAUGACAACGAGAGCAAAACCAAUUCUGAUGAUGGCAAGAGCAGUAAAUCUGUCAGCGAUAAAAGCGAAUCUAAUAAAAGUGAUUCAAAAGAAUCAAACCCUAAUAAAACUGGGCCAAAUUUUAACCAGAUGGCCUUCCCAAAUGCCUCUCCAGGAAUGGGGUUUAAGAAGACCAUUGUAAAACUUAAUAAAAUGGGCAAGAUUCUUAAUGAUAUCGCUUACCUAACUGGAUUAGGUAUCAUGACAGCUGAGGAAUCUCGCUCAAAAAAUAAGCCUAAGAGAAGUUCAGCAAAGGCUAUCGAUGAGUUCACUCAUUUUAUAUGGCUAGAAAAGCAUAAUAAAGAGAUCAGACAGAAACAAAGAGAGAGGAUGAAGAAAACUAUUCUCAAAAACCCUAUCAACAACAGUGUUGACAAUGCUGCUAAAAACAAUUCUGAUUCUGAAAGUGAGGAAGAAAGCAAGGCCUCUAAGAAGGGUGAAUCUUCUGAUGCAGUCAAGAAGGGUCCUAAGAAUGCCAAGGAAUCUCCUAAAAAAAAAGAAGUAAAGAAAGGAAAUAAAAAUGUAAAUAAAUCAGAUAGUGGAGACUCCUCUUCAGAAGAUGACAAACAAGAUGAUGUAGAGAGUGCUAAAGGCAGCUUUCGAGACAGCCCAAAAGCAAUACUGUUCCAGGAUGAAAAAUAUAAGAAGGAGCUUGAGGAAUCAGAAACAGCAUACGAAGAUUUUCAAGCUGACUUGCUGGCUUUUGUAGACCAAGCAUGCACGUAUAGAGAAUCUAGUAGGGAUAAACCAGUCAAACAUAGCAGAGAUAUAGCGCAUCGGCUUAAAGAACUCUUUGUUAUUGUUGACCUCACUGAAGAAUUUGAAGAUGAUCUUCCCAACGAUAAUCCAGAAUCGAAGUUAAAUGGUAUUAAAGGAGAUGAUAAGUUGACAAGAAAAAUUCACAAAACUAUUUUUGAGUAUGAAACAUUGAUCAAAAGAGAUGAUUUCGGAUCCCUAGAUGAGAAGAAUGAUGCAAAGAAGUUAUUGGGAUCUUUGAGAACGCAACUAGAUCAUCAUAUGCAUCAUAAUAGACCUCAUAAAUAAAGAUCAGGAAACAGUUGAAGAGAAGAGGAAUAGAACAUUACAAGAGAUCUUUUCAUUUUAUGCUAAGCAGCACAUACCUCCUGGCCUUCCUUUUGAAGAGUUGGAAGAUACCUUAAAGACCAUAAAUAUUGGAGAACUUUUGGUAUUCUGCAAGGACUUUGGUAUAAAAAUACCCCGAAGUAAUUUAAUGCUGAUGUAUAAGAAAGAAGCUGAGAGAAACUUACCGCACAAAUUCCCUCAAUUUCUAAAAACCUUACAUAAAAUAUCUUUAUUCUUACACAAACGGGAUCUUAUCUCUAAACGUAAGAGACUAAAGGAGGUCAAAAAAUUACUCGGAGAAGCUCCAACUCAUAAGACACAAACUGGUAGCAGCCAUAGUUCAUCAAGUAGUGGCAGUAGCUCCAAUAGUGGCUCUGAUUCUGACCAAGACGAACAUAAAGAGAAGACUUCAAUUAAGCAGAAGAAGGUCGAUCAAGACACCCAGAUUGACUCUGAUAAACUAAAGAAAUCUAAGAAAGCCAAGAAAGCGGCUGAGAAGGAGAAUGAGAAGAGCACUCACAAAAGCAAGAGUAAAUAAAUCUCAUAGGUCUAAAUCCAGUGGGUCUAGUAAGUCAGGAUCUGGCUCUAGCUCUAAUUCUGACAGUUCAAGCAACAGUGGAGAUUCUGACCAAGAAGGAGAAGUUAAAGAGGACCAAACUGAACCAGAAAAUAAAUUAGAGGAUGAGAAAGAUCAACUAGAAGAUCAGAUUUUUGACCUUCAAGAGAAGAAUGAGGAUGAUAUUUAUGAGGAUUUCAUAAAAUUCCUUGAAAUUGAUGCUCCGUCAAAAUACAAAAGGAAAGCAAAAGGAAUCAGACUUGCUUUUGAUGUGAAGGACCAUGACUCUAGAAUUCCUCUUGGACUGGAAGAAAUCCGUUCAAAGAAGAAUAAGAAGAGGAUUAAAGUCCCAGUUAAAGAAAUAAAAGAAAAAGUGAGGAAAAUGAAGGAAGAUCGACUCAAUCAAAAGUUAAAAAGGGAAACCGCUGAGAAAGCUAAGAUGAAAAGAAAUCGAGAAACUAUGAGACUGAUUCAUGAUAAACUUAGACAUGAGAGGAAAUAUGAGACGAAGCUCAGCAAAAUUAAUUAUUCAGAUAUUAAAAAGAAGCAGUCAGUUAACCCGAACUGGGAGAAUCCCCAGACUAAGGUUACACUGGAUUUACUUCAGCAAAUGCAUUAUUCAGACUUUAAUAUAGAAGCUGAUGAUGAUUUUAAACCUACAGAUAUCCUUAAUAAUGAAGAUGCUAUGAUAGUUGAGAAAGGAGAUAAAGCCAGGAAGAAGAUUAGAUCCAACAUUAGGCUUAAUAACACUGCGGUUAUCAGCAAUAUUUCACAUGGUCAGAGUCCUAUUAGUAAAAGAGGAGUACAGAUGAACCAAUCUCAAAUGUCUCAUAAGAGAACUAGAUCAACAAUCAAUGUAAAGAAGAUCCAUAAGCCGAUAAAUCAAGCUUAUGAUUAUACCUUUGGAAGAGUUAAUGAUUCUAAUAAAUCUAUGGCAAUAAAUCAUGGGUCGGGGCAUUUGAUUAAUACCUCUCCUGCUAGAUAUCAGCCUAGAUCAAAACAAGUGAUGGUGAAUAGAAAACUGAAUGUCGGUAAAAGCCAGGAGAACUUGAAACAAAACAGGUCUGUUCACUUACGAAGACCCCCUAUGGUGAGUAAUUCUAUGUCUCUACAUAAUGGUUAUCAACCAACUUCUCAAAAGAAGUUAUCGUAUAUGCAAAAGCAGAUGCAGGACCGUAUGAAGCAGAUAGAGUCUCACCAUAAAGCAAAAGAACGCUAUAACAUGAACGGGAUAAUGCUGAUGCAUGAUAAGCAAAUCAGCAAGGGCCUUAAGACUCUGAACAAGAAUAAAUAUGGGUAUUAA